AUGAAUGUUUGUAUACAGCGCGACAUCCCUGCCGAUGAACUGGCGGUAGAAUUCGAAAAGAUCGGAAAAGUUCUGGACAUUAACAUAAAGAAGACCGUGUCAGAUGAGAGCUAUGCAUUCGUUCAUUUUGCGGAUAAAACAAGCGCGGCACAGGCAGUGAAGGAGUUGGACAAUAUUGAGAUCGCUGGAAAGAACGUGAGAGUGGAGCUUCCUUUGGAAAAGAGACCUUAUCGAUCCGUUCCUCCGCCUCGAAGUAAGGCCCCGCUCUCCCAUGAUGUUGCUCGGCGACCAAAGCUGGAUCGCAGUCGUCGAGGUACAUACGCGAUCCACGUCUCGGGCUUACCAGCGUCUGGUUCUUGGCAAGAUUUGAAGGACCAUUUUAGAGAAGGCGGGGAAUGCGUGUAUGCAGAUGUGGGACGGGAUGGGAGUGGUGUGGUGGAGUAUCCGACGCUGGAGGAGGCACGUCAUGCCAUCCGGGUUUGUCGGGGCUUGACUUUUACCUCGCAUCAAGGCGAGUCUUCGAGAAUUAGAUUGCAGCUGGGGGACGACAGGAGAGAUGACCGGAGGCUUUCUGACGACAGACGCGAUUACGACCCAAGAGACUAUGACGCGAGAGACCAUGACCGAAGAGACGAUAUGAGAGAUCGCAGAGACGAUAUGAGAGAUCGCAGAGACGACUGGGACCGUGGCCGGGACGACCGAAGGGACGACGACCGUCGGCCUCCUCGUGGAGAACCUUACGGCCGACGGCCGCCGCCACGCCGCAGGGAUCGAUCGCCACCUAGGUAA